AUGGAGAUGAAAACUGUCACAAACAUUCUAUGGUCGUCGCACUUCCAUGUGAGACUCGCGGAUGUGGAGCCUUUCCGCGCAUUUGGCAAAGCGGCGACUAGACAUGUGAGGCAGUGCUCGGGCUACAACAUUUUUGUCAGCCAUGACUGGCAGACGUCCCGUUGGCUGAAAUAUGCUUCGUUGCUGGUACUUCUCAACUCCAGAGCAGCUGCUCUGGCUACACUGGUUGUGAGUCUUGCACUCGGUUUGUUGGUUGCCUAUGAGGUCUGGCCAAACUACAGCUGGUUGGUGUCAAUUGGAUACUUGACAUUUGCCCUAUUCUUCCUCUUUUGGCAACACAUUCGGGACAUUUUCUGGGCACCAAAGCUGGCUUUCCUCGACAAGUUGUGCAUCCCACAAGACGAUGAAGAAGUCAAGGAGAAGUGCAUCCUUGGCCUUGCAGGCUUUUUGAAGCGCUCUGGAAAGCUGGUGAUUCUCUUUUCAGAAUCCUACAUUGGCCGGCUUUGGUGCAUAUAUGAAAUCACUGCUUUUAUGAGAAUGCAUUCCAGCCAGGUGCAUAUUGAUAUGCAGACUGUACCGGUUGUUCUGCCUUUGCUCAUUCUACUGCAUGCUGCUUGGUGGUUCGCAGUCAGACUUCUCACUUUCCUCAUUUGGCAGACCUCUCAGGGAAGCUCUACAACGAACGUACUAGCAGUUGUUGCUGUCGGCCUUGCUGUGAUGUUCUUGAUCACAUAUCCUUUGCAGGCUUGGGUUGGGAGGCGGUUGACGAAGAAUUUGCAAAGCCUCUCCCGGCAACUGCGAGAAUUUGAUGUCCACGAAAGCAAAUGCUCUUGCUGCUCUGCUGGCCAUGAGAGGCCAAGUGGAGAGAGAAUCCCAUGUGACCGGGAUCUCAUCUAUCAAAGGCUUGCUGACUGGUAUGGAAAUGAUGAUGAUGAUUUGCAAGGAAGGCUUGAGAGUUUCAACAAAGCUGUCCGAACCCAAUUUGCUGAUCGGAUUUUGUCAACCUGGGCGGAGCAAUCCAUCCCCGUCAAGGGUUUUAUUUGUACUGUCUUCAGUAUGAACACUCCAUUCUUGAUCAUUAGGAUUCCAGAUGCCAUUGGGCAAGCCCAGCAGCAGCCUUCAGCAACUCUUGCUUGCAUCGUUGCAAUCAACGUGUUGAUUGUCGGCUGGGGAUACAUUUGGCCAGCAAUGCUUUUCUACCUCUGGGCAUGCAAGACUAUGUGGACACUCACCCUGCAGUACAAUCAAUGGCCGAUCUUGAUCGAAGUAGGCGCUGCCGCUUUUGUCCUUCUUUCUUGGGGCAUCGUUGCUGGAGCCUGUGUUUUUUCGGUGCUUUUCCGAUGGUGGGCUCCGCUAGUUGUGUUUGUUGUGGUCAUGGCUCUUGGCCUCUAUCUUCUGCGCUUCUUCACCCUCCCGAUGAAGCGAUGUCGGAAAAACACAGUUGAAAAACCUUCGGCAGAGUGUGCCCAGGUUGUCAGGGAUGACAUGUCGAGCUUCUCCAUUUGA